AUGAGACAAGAUUUAUGGAGGGAUUUGUUGCUGCUUCAUACUCAGGCUCCUUGGAUUGUGUGUGGGGAUCUUAACUGUAUUAUGGCUCUAGAUGAAAGAAUUGGAGCUCCGGUAAGACAUAGUGACAUUGUAGAUGUUAGAAACUGUAUGCAUGCUUGUGGUAUGGAAGACAUUAAAUGUGUGGGCAAUCUAUUUACCUGGAAUAAUAAGCAGCAAGGUAGUAGUAGAGUUUUUUCAAAAAUUGAUAGAAUUCUGGCCAACCAUGCUUGGCAAAGUUGUUUCUCAGCUGCUAAAGUGUGUUUUAUGCUAGAAGGUUACUUUGAUCAUUCUUCUGGGUUACUGUCUAUGUAUCCCAGAGAUGAUGGAGGGAAGAAACCUUUUAAAUACUUGACAAUGUGGAAGAGUUCAGCUGUGUUUUCAUACACUAUUCAGAAGGCUUGGAACACUCAGAUAAUUGGGAGUAAAAUGUUCAUCUUGGUUAAUAAACUGAAGAGAGUAAAGCAUGCACUUAAGGAUUUGAAUAAGGUAGGGUUUACUGAUGUGCAAGCUGCUGAUUUAAGAGCACAUCAGAAUAUGGUGGCUGCUCAGAGUGCAAUGCAUAAUAAUCCUAAUGAUCAAGGUGUCGCAAAUGCAGAGUUGAAGGCAAUCCAAGAGUAUAAAGAGAAACAUAAAGCCUAUCUGGCUUUUCAUAGUCAGAAAGCUAAGGUGGCAUGGCUUAAAGAUGGGGAUGAAAAUACUGCCCUUUUUCAUCAGAGUAUUAGGAGCAGGAAGGUGCAGAAUCAAGUUUAUAGCAUCUAUGAUAUGAAAGGGGAAUGGAAAGAUACAGCUGAUGGAGUGUCACAAGAUUUUUUAGAUUAUUACAAAGUGCUACUAGGUAGUUCUAACACCCUAAUAAUUCCUUGA